AUGGCAAAGUGCAAGAGUCAUCCUCUGGAUGUUCCCAUCGUUGAAAAAAACAUCUCGGGGAACUUACAGGCCCAUGAUAUUCUGUUGAUCAUCUCUAUUGUAUGCAGCAUAAUCGCAUGUAGUCUAUCGUUUUACCUGAUCUGGCGCCAUCUCAGCAAUUACGUCCACCCUAAAACGCAAAAGUUAAUUAUACGAAUUCUUUUCAUGGUCCCUGUAUAUACAAUCUGUUGCAUAUUCAGUAUUCAAUACUACAGGGAGAAUGUUUACAUUGGUGCCAUAUACGAAUUUUAUGAAUCAAUUGUCAUCGCUUCGUUCUUUCUACUGCUCUGCAGAUAUCUGCAUAUAGAAAUGCAUUCGCUUCGCAGAGUCUUUGCUCUUGUCCAGCCCAAACCCUGGUUAUAUCCAGUCCGAUUGCUAAGAAUGAAAAUCUGGCGUAAGAAAACCACUUAUACAGAAGAUGGACUAAAGUGGUUUGGUAUAAUAUGGGCUGCCGUAUUUCAGUUCUGUGUGGUGAAAUUCCUUGGAGCUCUUGUAAAAUGUAUUACAGAAGCUGCAGGUGUCUACUGCGAAGAAUCCAGCAGUAUUAAACAUGGCAGGAUUUGGAUCCAGAUCAUUGAGAUUGUUUCCCUGGUCACCGCCAUGUUCUGUCUGCUUCAAUUCUAUAGCCAGACUAAGGUAGUCCUCGCGGAACGGAACCCCCUUCUCAAGUUCGUGGCCAUCAAGUUGGUUGUUUUCCUAUUUUAUGUCCAGUCGUUCAUCUUCGGACGGCUUACCGCCGAACACGGCAAAUUACAGCCUACAGACAAACUAUCGUAUCCUUCAGUAUCUGUCGGCAUUCCGAAUACAAUUCUGUGUGUCGAGAUGGCAGGUGUAGCGGCCCUCCAUCUUUGGGCAUAUCCCUGGCAAGAAUACGGCGGCAAUAUGACUCGGACGUCGGAGAGUCCCAGUUCCGACAACAUGAUGCACUUCUCUUGCCAGCAAACCUCUUUUCCACUACCUUGGUGGCAAGCACUUGUCCAUGUACUCAGUUUUGGCGAUGUUUUAAAAGGAAUUUUGGAAGGCUUCCAUGGACUUCGGACCAGUCGACGUAAUGCAAUCAUGGCCCACUACGUGGAUGCAGGGAUCGAGGGCAGGGCAAGCCCGUACAAUACAAAGGAUCUCUCUGAGGCAUUGGACCUGGUGCAUCGAGGCCCGGAUGAACAUUGA